AUGAGGCCAAUUUUUCUACCUGAUACUGACGCGAAAUCCUGCUUCAACCUUCUUCGGCAAAAUACGAAUGAUUUCCUCGGCAAACUUGUUGGAUUCGAUAUUGACGAUUUUCAACGAUCCGGUGGAAGUCAUAAUCCAAUGUUUUAUUUGCACGGCACUCUGGUCUUUCAAACCGUCGUCAAACACAAAGGAUUUCGAAAGAAAAUCCCGGUUUUCAUCACUGAGGGCGCUAUUGGGGGGAAUAAGAAAACAACGACGAAUCGAGCGUACGCUCGGAUGCUCAAUAAGAUGGUCCGACUGAUGAAAAACCUUGAAUUGGAAAAUUUCGACCCGACUCCUGAAAAUGACCCGACACUCGAAAUCGGUAUGACCGAGAUCGUCCCAGCCCUACCAGCUGCUGGAGAAAAAGAUGAAGAGGAGGAUGAGCCGAAGUUGACCAAGAAAGAGUGGAUGGCACUGAUGAACAAAUCGUCUGAGUCUUCUGAGCCAAAAGCAAAGGAGGCAAAGAAAAUAGAAGAAUCCCCAAAAGUUCCAAUAAUCGAAGCGGCGAUGACAGAGAUGGGAGACAGCGAUCUCUAUUCAGACAUAAUUGAGGCAUAUCCCGAUGAUUUCACUCUUCUCCGCGACGAUUUUCCUCCUCUGACUCCGAUCACAAAACCAACUGCACAGAAAAACGCAAAUAAACCGAUACCUGCGCAAGAAUCUCCAACGAAACCGAAAACACCGGAACUCGCUUCACAAGCAAAAGAAGAAAAAAGUGACAGAGAAAAAGCACUUGAAGAUAAAAUUGACCGGUUAGAGAAUCUCGUCCUGAAACUUCUUGAAGACAAAACGAAGAGCAAGAAGAAAUCAAAGAAACGGAAAGAAGAAAGUAGCUCUUCAGAGGCGAGUUCUGAAGACUCCGACUUGUGA